UUUGUGGUUGUCAGGUCACAGUUGUGUAUUGUUUUUAUUUUGCCUUGAAACCCUUCAUUUGUCCGAAAUCUGAAACCCUAACUUUUUUUCCCAUCUCUUCAUUCCAUGGGAUUUCACGUUUUUCUAGAUCUGGGAGCACUUGAGGCUGGUAAUUCUAUUCCAGCAGAAUUACAACACGCCAUAGCUACUGCUACCCUUCACUUUGCUAUUUUUGCUCCCAACUGCUCCCAAACCCCAUGGUGUUUGACUGAGCUAUCUUCCAUGUUCAAAUCUGGUGCAAAAGUCAUUCUCAUUUCGGAUCAUGUUGAUCCUUCUCAUCUCAGAUGUAUUGAGCAAGGAAAAGGAAUAUAUGCCCCCUCAUUUGCAGAGCUUGAAAAGAAAGGCAGAUACACACAGGAAAAGCUUCAUGUGUGGAAAACGGCACUCUGCGACAGUUCAUUCAUACCCGGCUACAUGGUCAACAAUAACAUGGACGAGGCCACAAUUUUGAAGAAUAUUGUGAAUUGUUCAUUACAAAUAAUGAAAAAAGUUCCGUUAUGGGUAGCCGAGCAUCUACUUGGAUUGAAUGAGCUGGUACAAGGCUUUGUGUCAGUUGCAAGAGAAGAGGAAGUGAAAAUCACGGGGUUCAUGGGUAUGGGAGGUAUCGGUAAAAGCACUUUCGUCAAAGAGUUGCUGAUUUGGCAUAUGCAGUUUCGUUUUAAAUGUGCGAGAUGCAGCAUCCAGAAAUUCUGUUUGUGAGAAGAAGAAAAAGAUUGUAACCACCCGGGAAUUGGGUGUCCUUAAAUCAUGGGGCUUCUCCUGCAUUUAUAAGAUGUGAAGACUUUACAAGCCAUAUGCCAAGCAGCUAUUCUGCUGGCAUGCUUUCUUGCAACCCUCUCUACCCCCUGUAUUUGAGACUCUGGUUCAAGAGUUCUGAGAGGCUUGUAUUGGUUUGCCUCUGUCAUGAAGGUAUUGGAUGCACAGUUAUAUGGUGGAAAUCCCAAUUGAAUAAAAUCUCAAGAAUAUUGCCUGGUGAAAUCAAACAAAGGCUACAAAAUAUCUACUAUGCUCUCGAUGAAGAAGAGAUAGAUGUUCUUAGAUGUAGCUUGUUUUUUCAUUGGAAAGGAGAAAAGCACGGCCAUAGCAGUGUGGGAUGGAUCGGGUUGGAGUGGUCUGCAUGGUUUAGAAACACCCUUGAACAAGUGUCUUGUGGAGCAGCUGAACACUUUACCAGAUUCUUUCAAGCAGUUGAUAUGCUUGGAAAUUCUAGAUUUAUUGGGUUGUGAAAUGCUAUCUUCAUUACCUGUUGGUUUUGGCAAUUUAACAAGCUUGAGGAAUAUAACACUGUGAUCUUGCAAACAGUUGAGCAUGUUGCUGGAUUUUUUCAAUCAUCUAAUACACCUAGAAGUUCAAAAUUUAUUUGUGAAAUGCUAUUUUUAGUACCUGCUGGUUUUGGCAAUUUAAGAAGCUUGAGGACUAUUACUCUGCAAUCUUGCAAGCAGCUGAACACUUUACCAGGUUCUUUCAAGCAGCUGAUAUGCUUGGAAAUUCUAUAUUUAUUGGGUUGUGAAAUGCUAUCUUCAUUACCUGUUGGUUUUGGCAAUUUAACAAGCUUGAGGAAUAUAACACUGUGAUCUUGCAAACAGUUGAGCAUGUUGCUGGAUUUUUUCAAUCAUCUAAUACACCUAGAAGUUCAAAAUUUAUUUGUGAAAUGCUAUUUUUAGUACCUGCUGGUUUUGGCAAUUUAAGAAGCUUGAGGACUAUUACUCUGCAAUCUUGCAAGCAGUUGAACACUUUACCAGGUUCUUUCAAGCAGCUGAUAUGCUUGGAAAUUCUAUAUUUAUUGGGUUGUGAAAUGCUAUCUUCAUUACCUGUUGGUUUUGGCAAUUUAACAAGCUUGAUGAAUAUAACUUUGCAGUCUUGCAAGUAGUUGAGUACUUUGCCAGACUCUUUCAAGCAAUUGACACACUUGGAAAUUCUAGAUUUAUGAGGUUGUGAAAUGAUAUCUUCAUUACUUGCUGAUUUUGGCAAUUUAACAAGCUUGAGGAAUAUAACUCUGUAGUCUCGCAAGCAGUUGAGCACUUUGCCAGAUUCUUUCAAGAAGCUGAUACACUUGGAAAUUCUAAAUUUAUCAGGUUGUGAAAUGCUAUCUUCAUUACAUGUUGGUUUUUGCAAUUUAACAAGCUUGUGGAAUGUAACUCUGCAGUCUUGCAAGCAGUUGAGCACUUUACCAAAUUCUAAUUUAUCAGGUUGUGAAAUGCUAUCUUUAUAACCUGCUGGUUUUGGCAAUUUAACAAGCUUGAGGAGUAUAACUCUGCAGUCUUGGAAGCAGUUGGUCGCUUUACCAGAUUCUUUCAAGCAGCUGAUACACCUCGAAGAUUUAAAUCUAUUAGGUUGUAAAAUGUUAUCUUCACCGCCUGUUGGUUUUCACAAAUAAACUUGUGGAAUAUAAUUCUUGCUUUUUGCAAGUAGCUGAACAUAGUGUUUAUCAAAAUUUUAAGAAUACAUUCUUGCAAUCUGCUGAGAAACAUCAGGUGUAUUAGUGGUCUCAUAAAACCAGAGGAACUGGAAAUAUGUCUGUUUGUAGGUAGAAGAACUCUGAAGUUUUGCAGGUUUGCCCUUUGCUAAACAGACUUAAAAUGUGGAAUUACCCCAAAGUUGAGAAAAUAGAAAGCUUGGAACACAACAAGUCAUUCAAGAUACUGAAAGCAAAGACCUGCUGGAGAGUGCCAGGUAUACAGAGUUGUAUACAGAGUUUGGAAAAAGUGGAACAAUUGGAAAGACUGGAGCUCAUAUGUGACACCAUAUCAGCUCUGAAAUUUUUUGUUUUUUUUGAAGAAAGCUGAAUAAAUUGCAUAGGACAAUUAAAAGACAGCAACAUGGCUUUUAAAAAGAAUAGAGCUGUCAAGGGACAGCAAACAGAGCAUUAACAAAGCUGAAUUGUGAGCUCUGAAACCUUGUAUUUAGUCUGUAAAGAGGAAGCUAUAAAAAACUUUUACGAAA